AGCGAUUUGCAAUCAGUCGCUAGAUGCUCUUGUGGUUCACUCUUUUGAUCCAGUGGUUGUUCAUCUCUAUUUAUCGCUCAUCUUGACAGUUUUCACUCUUCGCUUCUUUCGCAUUCUUUCUUUGCUGGAGAAGUCGGAAUGUAUGUUCUACAACUAUUGCCAAAUUUCUCGAAAUAAGAUCUUUAUUGCCGUUGAGAUUUGUUCAUCAUCCACUUCUGGGAUUUUAUCCUGUUGGAAUUCGUUGGAUUAAAUACACCCCAAAGCAGUCAGGACAUCGAUGGCGGCUAAUGUGGAGGGAGAUGCCCCUGUGACGAACGAGAAGAACGAGAACAGCAAUUCGCCUAGCUUAGAAGGUCCCUCUUUCGAAGAUCAGUUCAAGCUGUUCGCGAAGUUUGGCGACAGCAAGAGCACUGGUGAAGCCAUCACACUCUCAAACAGCGACAAAUGGAUGAAACAAGCUAAGGUCAUAGACAAGAAGCUCACUACUACCGACACUGGUAUCUACUACAAGAUGGUCGCUAAGACGAAGAGAUCUCUAUCAAUAAAAGAAUACGAACAGUUCUUAGAAACUUUAGCUAAAAACAAGAAAACUGAUGUUUCAGAAAUGAAGCAGAAAAUGGCGUCAUGUGGUCCACCAGCAACUUCAAAAACAACGCCCACCGCUGCUGGAGGAGCUGUUAGUCGAUUAACAGAUCAUACGAAAUACACUGGCACUCACAAACUGCGAUUUGAUGAUUCUGGAAAAGGACGUGGCAAAGAAGGACGAGUGGACAAGCCGAAUGCUGCUGGUUAUGUCCAAGGCUAUAAGGAUCAGGGAACAUAUGAAGAAACUCACUGAGUUGUUUGUUGGAUUGUAAAUAGACAUUCAGAAAGUACAUGAUACUUGCUUAGGGACCUUAAUUUUGCUUGCUAUUGUUACUCAAAAAGAUAGUGAAAAUAAAAUGAAUUACUUCAGAUAAAAAAAUUACUACAGAAAUAAUUGAGGAAUUUCACUUCUAGGCUAUUGUAAAUAAUGCGUACAAAUAGUACUCCAAAUCAUUAAUUUAGAUUUUUAUCUAACUAAUUGCGAAUCAAAGUUUAAAUAAAAAACUAUUCGGUUGCUAGCCUGUUAAGAAAUUUAUGGUUAUUUUCUUAAUAGAACAUAUCAGGUGGACCUAAAUCUAAGAUUAAUCAUUACAAAUGUAUGCAUGUUUAAAGAUUUAAAAUGAUUUACUAUAAACUAAGAUGGAUUUAGGAAGCCAUGAAGGUGAACACAAGUAACAGAUGAUCUGCUUCUUUAGCAAACAGAUUUGAGAUGAAUGCUGCUCUUUGCGUUUGGAAAAUACCAUUGCAUUUGGAAAUGCAGUUUGGACAUAAAUGAGUCCCACAGGGCGUACUUUUAACUUUGGAUAAACUACUUUCAUGUACACAUCGUAAAAUAAAUAUCUGUGGACUUAUGCCAAGGAAUUAUUAUACAUAUACGUUUGGCUUUGAUUUAGAGAUAAAUUCAUUAUAUAUAAUAUAAUGAACCAACUGUAUGAUAACAUCAAGUAUAUGUUUAUUUUGAAAUUUUUUUAAGUACAUUUUUUCUUAUUCAUAGUCAGCCUUAAACAGAAUGUUCUCAUCUAAUUUAUUCUCAUAUACAAUUAGUGAUUUUAGAGUGGCGGAAAACUUUUAUGUAAAAUCAGAAGAUAGUUUUACACUAAGAUAAUUUAUAUUAUAUACAUAUCCUAGUUUAUAAGAUUUUUCAUUUAAAAUUCCUUCAUCAUUGAGUUCCGUUCUUGUCCAAAAUAGUCAGAUGUCAAUUAACCGCGAUAGAAUUUCGUAAAAUUUUUUCAAACUUAUUGCGUGUACCUUCAGCGUACUUGUUAAUGACAUUUUAAUGCAGCAAGCAAUAUAGCAACAUGGGGUACAAAUUUCAAAAUAUUUGUUUAUAUUAUUUGAGUAAUUUUAAUAAUUUUGAAAGAGAAUAUGUAUUUGACGUCAAAUGUCACCCUGACCUGAAUUUCUUGUACUAUCUGCAUGAUUAAGGUCCCUAUGAUCUUUUCUGUUCAUGACAUCUAAUCGCACAAAUAUUCCAGGAAUCAGCUUAUUGAGUGUAAAAUUAGCUCUCAUAAAUUUUUCAACCCAGCGUUCAUGAGUAUUUAAUAUUUUCAAAAGUAAAUAUGUUUCAAUGCACCUAAUUGAUUAGAUAGUUUUUAAAAGCAUUUAUUGUAUUGUGUGCAAGUCUAUUUUUUAAAUUCAAUGUAUAGUCAUUGUAAAAUAUGUGGCAUUUUUGGCUACCAUUUGGGUCUGAGGCUUUACAUGUGCUAAAUGUCGUUACGGCUCUCGUAAUGCAGUAAAUAAAUGUACAGGAUUGUGUUUUUUUAGCGUUAUAUCAUUAGAAAAUAUAGGCAAUACAUCUUUAGAAAUAACUUGGUGAAUAUUUAUUUUAAACAGAUAUUCAGAAUGUAACAUUAUAUGGGGUUAUAAAUGAUAUUUUAAAAAGAUCUGCCCGUUGGAAACAUGCUCAUGUAUAUACAAUGUGAUUCAAAAGUAACACAAAAAAGUAAAAAUUUAAUAAUUCGAAAAGUAUAGGCAGUAACACGAUGCGGUUUGAUACAGAGAUGCACAGAAAAAUUGGGAAUUUUUUCAAUAACGGAUAAUUUUAUUGCUUAAACUAGUCACAUUUUUAAUUGAAAUUACUGGUGUACACCCAUGACUUCAAGUAAAUGGCCGACGGACUUUAUUACCCUUACUCGAAAUCUGAGCAGCAUCUUACAUUGGCCGACCAACAUUAUUGACCAAACUGAAAGAAAUUAUUCGCCAUCUUGUGAUAGGAAUUAUAGUUUAGCACUUUUUAGAGCGUCACGGAAGCUAUUCAGAGCGUCAUGCCACGUCAGACGGCUAUUCUCGUGAAUGACAAAAUCUGACACUGAAAGCCUAUAAUCUUAACUGCGUAGCGAACUGUAUAAUGUCAACCCUGUCGGGGACAAAUGCAACUAGUCUGGCAAUAUAGUCCUUAAUUUUUAAAAAACCACAUGAAUCUCCGCGAAAACCGCAUUGUAAUACUGUCUAUAUUUUUUUAAUUAUUACGUUUUUACUUUUUCUCUUACACAUUUGAAUCACCCAGUAUAUAUAGCUUUCGUCAGUAUGAGAAGUGAAAACUUUGAAAAGCAAGUUUUUUUUUUCUUAUGAGACAACUUGUUUCUAUACUAUAACAUGUUACUAUUAAAUGCAUCUUCUUUUAAAUUUUCAAAAUUAACUUGAAACUUAAGUAUAAACUGAAAUUACUUUUAGUAAAAUAUAUAUACUUCCGAAAUGAAUGUGCGUAAAACAAUAACUAAAUCUUCAAGCUUAUAGUAGUAGACUUUUCUUCAGGAACUUUCGUGUCCCACUCAAUUUUCAAAAAGUUCAUAAAAAUUCAGAAUUCGAAAUUUUGCCUGUAAUGUAGAGAAUAUUUUAAUAGAUAUGUUCUGCAAAUUUCAUUAUGCUAUCAUAACUAAACCACAGCAUACUGAAGGCUAACCAAGUAGAAAAAUAAAAAUAAAAAGCAUUCAAAUAAUAAUUACAACAAAGCAGAUAUUGAUAUGGUAUUCAUCAGCUUUGAAAUAAAAAGUGAUGAGUAGUUUAACACUGCAAAAUACCAAAAGUACUCAAAAUACCAGUUGUGAGUUCAUUUUUAAAUAUAAAAGUAAAAAUUAAUGUGUUUGAAAAUUAAAAUACAUUUUUCAUCGUAAUUUCACAUUAAGUUGAAAUUUGCAUUCUAAUAAUUUUCUUUUCUCUUAAAAAAAAAAAAAAAAAAGGAAAUUUUGAGUUAUCAACUCCAUAAUACAGAUAAAUGGUCAGGAAAUAAUUCUUUUUUAUUCAUUACAAUUAUUUUACUGUUACUUCCUUCACUUUAUUUUUUACAUAGUUUUCAAAUCUAAUGCUUUCGUUCGAAAGACUAUGCAGUAAACCUGCAAAACGAAUCUAAGAGACUUCGAUCUGAAACUAAAAAUUAAUUAUAAGGUUAUAUUCGACAUUAUAACUGUUGAAAGUGUAUAAAUGAGAAAUUUGGGGUUGUAUAUUUGUCUUGUACAUAUAAUUAAUGCCGAACAAUGCGAAAAUAUUCAAUGGGGAAAAAAGUGGACCAGUCUGAACUCACCAAGAAUGUACAAAUUCUGUGAUAAAAUAUCAUUCAGAGAUCAAGUUAAGCCUUUAAAUAUUUUAGUGCCAUUCCUUUCAUGCAAUUUUAAAAACUUCUGAACAAAAUUAUGCUUGUUAUGUUAUGCUCUUGAACUCAUUCAUGCAUACUGUUAUAUUACAAAGUAGAGUAUUUCUUUUAUUGUUAUAUUAUACUAUACAAUGCAAAAAUAAAUUGGCUUACACAAUA